CGGGUUCCUUUUCUGCCGGCGAGAGGCGCGGACAUGGUUCAAGGGAAGCAGAAGUUUCAGGCCCGGAGGCCGGCCAAGAAGCGAUCGGCGGCGACCGCUCCUUCGACGUGCCGGGGUCUGAGGAAAGGCGAGCGAGUCAUAGCCCCCAAAAAGGCCCGAGCCGUCCAGCAGCGGAAACUAAAAAAGGACCUGGAGGGUGGUAUCCGAAAGAAAAUCGAACACGAUGCUGUGAUGAAAGCCAACAACAGCUUGCCCAAGAAACUGGCCCUUCUCAAGUCCCCAGAGAAGGGGACCAAGAAAAAGGAAGGUGGUGGCAAGCAUUAAUCCAGGCAGGCAACAAGGGAAAAAUGGGGAGGCCCUUCAUCCCAGACCUCACUUGACUGCUUGACCCUGUGGCCCUGAAAUCUCUUGAUACCCCGGUAUGUUUGUGGAUACAUAAGUGGUGACAGCUGCCUUAGGAAAGAAGAAAUAGGCUUCUCCUCAGUCAAGAAUAGCCCUGUUAUCUGUCCUCCUUUUCACCACAAUCACGUAGGCCUCAGUUUGACUAAAAUAGCAUCUUCUCAAGCCUGCAACUUCUCAGAUCCCCUGAAGAAGACAAUGGGACUUCUCAAGAAUAGAUGAUGCCUUCCUGGUUGGCAGGAGGCUGCUGGGAUCUUCAGCAGCUCCAGGAGUCACUUCAGCCCAAUUUGUCUUCUCAUUUCUCCUUCCUUGUACCCGCCCUGAGCCCCACAUCCUGUCUAAUGUGAAGCAAUAAAAAAGAAACAGUUACUCUCCA